AUGGUCGCGGCCAACGACGCCCGCCACCCGUGGUCCCUCCUCCCCCGCAGCCUGCACCACCCCGGCCUCGUCCAGCUCGUCGGCCAACCGGUGUCGUACGACAUGAUCCAGUACAUCGCCCUCCAGACCACCCGCGUCAUCAGGCUAUCGGACGAGCCCGAGCCGAUCCUCCCUAGCCCGCCCAUCACGCCCGACCGGGAAACACCGGGCAGCGAGCUCGACGCGUCCCCGCUCCCGAGCCUCCAGGACUUCAUCAUCUUCAUCUGUCAGAGCUCCCACGUCCAGGUCCCGACGCUCCUCACGACGCUUGUCUACCUCGAGCGCCUCCGGACCAAGCUGCCCAAGAUGGCCAAAGGGAUGCCGUGCACCCGUCAUCGCGUCUUCCUCGCGACGCUCAUCGUGGCCGCCAAGUACCUGAACGACUCGUCGCCGAAGAACAAGAACUGGGUCAACUACGCCCGCCUGUUCGAGCUCGCGGAAGUGAACCUGAUGGAGAAGCAGCUCCUCUUCCUCCUCAACUACGACCUCCGCUUCGAUGAGGACGAGGCGCUCGAGUUCUUCGCCCCCUUCCUCGCCGAGACCAGCCCGACGCCCGCGUCUGCGCCCGCGUCAGACCCGACGGGAGCCGAGUCGGCCGCGAAGGACAAGGAGGCCCGCGCCACGGCGGUCACGCGCGCGAAAGCACGCGUCCAGGCGCGCAUCUCUGUCCCGCCCACGAACGACAACGGUGCGAGCUCGCUCCCGUCGCCCGAGGGCAGCAGCGCAGGGGGCGAAGACGCACGGAGCUUCGCGACCCGCAUCGCGUCGCAGUACCUGUCGGUCCCCUCUGUCGGCCGCGAGCACGUCGACGGACAGCUGCCACCGAUGCUCUCGCGGCGCACGUCGUCGAGCGCGCUCAGUACGCGGAGCACGACGCAGAGCUCGGACUCGGGGUACAGCUCGACGUCGCCGUCGUCGCUCGCGUCCUCAGACGACGGGGCGGAGAUCGCCGAGUUCGAGGUGGACGAGCAUGACGUCAGCUGCCACGACCACGACCACGGGGACGAGGACGACAAGCCGCGCAAGCUCGACAUCUCGGGCUCCGCCGCGACGUUCAUGUUCAGGAACAGACAGGGCCGCAAGCCGUCCUCCGCUUCGACCUGCACUGUCAAGGGCGACGACCCCGUCGCGUCCGCCGCCGACAGCAUCCAGCGUCUCGCGAUCCACGACCCGCUCAGCAGCCCUGUCCGCUCGGACAGCUCGGACAUGUCCUCCUCCAAUCCAUCGUCGCCUUACCAGGAAGUCAACGACCCUCUGGUUCGCACCCGUCUAGGUGCUGGGCGCGGGGCUCCUCGCGACCUUCCCCUCCUCGUGACGCCAUCGGCGACGAUGCCUGCGAUCUCCAAGUCGUCCACGCCCGGGUUCUUCAGCCGCGUGUGGGCCGCGACGAAGGGUCAAGCUACCGACAAGGACGGUGUGGACCAAGAGGCUCCCAUCAGUGGCAGCGCGUUCCGUCGACUGGCGCACUCGCGGUCUGCGCUCUUCCGGAGCCAGCAGCAGCAGCAGCAGCAGCAGCAGCAGCAGCAGCAGCAAGCACAGCUCGACGUCUGA